GCACCAGACGCCUUUCUGUCUCACGUAGAGCGCAGAUUGAUCUGGGUUUGGUGACAUGGCGGCCAGGACAGCAGCGAGGCGGUGCUCGUGGAGGAGCGUCGGCCCCCUGGCGGGGCAGCGGCCCCUGAGCAGCUCCAGAGCGGCCGCCAAGCACAGCGAGCCCCCGCAGAAUUCCCCCUUCAGUCCAGCGGCCAGCUCCAAAUACGACUGGAUGGGCCCACCUCACCCUCUGUCUAACCUGCGGCCGAUCAUUUACCACAUCCCUGAGGACGAGUCUGAGCUGGACCAGCGGCUGAGGAAGCUGAGGCAGGACACGGAGGACUGGAACCACGACUUCUGGGCCAAGCAGAACAUCAGCUUCAACAAGGAAAAAGAAGCCUUCAUCAUUUCACAGCUUACCGCAAAAGGCUUGACUUUGCGUGACAAGGAUGGGCGACGGCGGACGCUGGACACCGACGAGAUGGCCGUGUUUUACAAAAACUUCCUGGACAAAAACAGAAUACGGCACGCAAAUUACAACAAAGACUGGUACAGACGGAACUUCACCAUCACCUUGCUUAUGGCCCGAGUUGCCCUCAACGGCAUUUGGAGGACGGUGAUGGACAGACUGAGCAGGAAGAAACCUGGCACUCCUACUACUGAACAAUGAAUAAAGUAUUCACAACUCA